AUGUUUGUUUCAGCUGAAUACAACAUCAAAAGGAAGAAACGGAAAAUUGGUCUACCGUAUUCUGGCGGUAUUUCUGUUUCUCAGAUACUGGCCCAUCGAGAAAAAGUAGCUUUAAAUCAACAUAGUUUUAACAAGGAACUAGUCGGAAACCCUCACCAGCACGCGCAGCCGACGGCCGCCCGUCUCUCGGGCUUCCCCGGCGAACCGCCCGCGGCGCAGGCGCUCCGCUACCGGGAAGGCGCGGCGGCGGGGCAGCAGGCGGCCGCCCACGCCGCGCCGUCGGGCGGGCCCGGCAACGGCCCCGCCCACAUCCAGUCGCACCGGAUCGUUGGGCCGGACGGGCGGGUGGUCGAGGUUCAGGGGUCGAUGGUCGGCUCCAAUCACGGGCAGCGCAUAUUCGUCAACGGCCAACCCAACGAACCGACCGGCCCUGGCCGGCCUCAAACCGUCCAGAUGGUGCCCGUGAGCCAGGCGGCCGGCCACGUGAUGAGCCAGUCGGCCGGCCACGUGAUGAGCCAGGCGGCCGGCCACGUGAUGAGCCAGGCGGCCGGCCACGUGAUGAGCCAGGCGGCCGGCCACGUGAUGAACCAGGCGACUGGCCACUUGAUGAACCAGCAGCGGGCCCAGCAGCAGCAGCAGUUGUUCUACAACAGCCAUGCGCAAUACCAGCAAGGGCACGGGUUCGAUGGUAGUAAGAACGUGAGGCCGUUCGCUGGGCAAAUGAUGGUCGGGUUCAGGCCGCACGGGAUGAUGGGGCAAGGGGGACAGAUGGCGCAGGGUCCCAUCGUCAUGAACGGUCAACCCAACUUGGGCCCGCCGCAGAUCAUCGCCAACUCACCCACGCAACAAAUCAACCUGCUUCAACCUGUCAACCUGAUCAACGGUCCUGCCGGCAUGGUGCAAAACUUCCCCGCUAUUCAACAGUUCAUCGUGCCCAAUUUGGGCGGCAUGGUGAUGAACGCAGACGGCUCGGCGACCAUCUUGCAGGACACCUCGAACUUGGGCGUGCAGCUGCAAAUCCAGAACGUCAACGGCCAGAACGUGCUCACCCCAGUGCAGAACAACGGCAUGUUCGCCGCCGGCAUGGUAAUCCGCUCGCCCGCUUCGCAGGGCAAGCAGCACAGCCCGGGCGCGCAGUUCCUGUCGCCGGGCGGCGGCGGGCAGUUCGUCGUGAACGGCGGCCAGUUCGGCGGGCAGCUCAGCCCGCUGAAUCAACAGGUGGCGUUCGGCGCGCCGGCAGCGCGCAUGCGGCCUGGCGACGCGGGCCAGGAGUACGUGCAGCUGGGCCAGACGCUGAUGGUGCCGUGCGCGCCGAGUGUUAGUGUGGCGGGCGGGUCUGCGGGCAGGCAGAACGCGACGUUCGUGCAGCAGAAUACGACGAUCGUGCAGCAGCAGACGACGAUGGUGGCGAACAAUCAGCAGGUGAUGGUACAACAACAACAGCAGCAUCAGCAGCAUUCCCGCCCCUCCUUUCCCACCCACCACGGCCAGUCCUCCGUCUCCACGCAAACGGCCAUCAACCAGCCGCCGCCCUCCCUCACCUCCAAUCCCUUCCGUCACGCCCCCGCCUCCUGCGACACGACCACCUUAAGCCCGCUGCCGACAGGUGGGCGGAGUUCUAGCGGCGGGGGGCGUGGCUCGGGUGGUCGGAGCCCGCCCACCACGGCCGAUACGACGACGCACGCGGGCGGCAGCACGGAUGACGCGGCGUCGCCCGCCCCUUCGGUGUGCUCUGGAGGCGGGGGCAGCGAGGCGGGCGGGCAGUCGCGGCCGCAGUCGUGCACUAUGCCGGACGGCGAGUGGCGGCGCGCGAUGCAGGGCAAGGCGCUCUACGACGCGUCGCCUUUCGACCGACGGACGGCCGCCGCGGGCGGCUCCUACUCUGACGAGGCGACGGUGGUCGAGGUGGGGGGAUUCCAUUACGUUGCGGAACAGGUAUUGUGA